AUGGCAUCCAUUCUCUUCCUUUUAUUUUCAUUCCUUCUCCUCCAUGGAGCUCAAGCUGAGAUCAUUUGCGAGAAUUUGCCGAUUGGCUUGUGCUCUUUCUCGAUUGCGUUUUCAGGAAAACGAUGUGUCCUAGAGAACAAUGUAAAAGACAACGGGAACAUGGAAUAUCAGUGCAAUUCCUCAGAGAUUUUUGUUAAAGACAUGAAUGAGUGGAUCGAGAGUGACAAGUGCUUGAACGCGUGUGGGCUUCACAGGAAGACUGUCGGAAUCUCUUCCGAUUCCCUCCUCGAGCCGCAUUUCCUUGCCAGACUUUGCUCCGAUUCGUGCUACAAGAACUGCCCCAACAUUGUGGAUCUCUAUCACAACCUAGCUAUAGGAGAAGUUAAUAAUAUAUAG